AUGACGAGCACACCUAAAUCGUCUCCUACGCGCAAGACGCGCAUUGUCUGCAUCUCAGACACGCACAACCAGACGCCCAAGCUGCCAAAGGGCGACGUGCUGAUUCACGCAGGCGACCUGGCCAAGCAGGGGAGCCGCUCCGAGCUGAAGAAGACGGUGGACUGGAUCGAGAGGGCCGAUUUUGAAGCCAAGAUUGUCAUCGCCGGAAACCACGAUAUAACUCUAGACGCACCGUUCUACGCGAAACACGGCUCGUCGCGGAAGUGGCCCUGCCCUCAGAACUGCGAGGAGAACCGUCGGCUUCUUACGGAGUCCGCCUCGAUCACGUAUCUGGAGAAUGAGGCUGCGACUAUUUACUUGACGGCACAGAAUGGGCCAGGCACCUGCUUCAAGGUGUACGGCAGUCCGUACACGCCCAACAACCGGGAAUGGGCUUUUCGAUACCAGCCUGGACAAUAUGCGGCACGGCAGCUGUGGGAUGCGAUGCCCGCAGACGUCGACAUUGUCGUUACGCAUACCCCGCCACGCGGCCAUCGCGAUACGACGGUAGGGGGCGAGAGUUCGGGCUGCGAGGUACUUCUCCGCGCCCUUCAUCGCGUACGGCCAAUGCUCUCUGUGUUUGGUCACAUUCAUGAAGGACGUGGUGCGGAGAGGGUGCGAUGGAAACUCGAGCCUCUGGAAGACGGACGCCUGACGGAGGGCCUGGAGGUAUGGGCUGAUCCGGGAGCAGGGAGCAGCAAGCAGUCACUACUCAAUUUAUCGGCCAAACGUGGUCGUCCUCUGGACAACUGCAGCAGAUUGGCGACAUGUCAGACCUAUGAUCCUGAGCUCUUACUAGCCCCGGGAGGGCAUCUGGGCGUCCAACCUACCGAUGACAGUACAACACGCUCAUCUCUCAAUGAAAGCGUAGCUGGCGAGGCAAGGGGGAGGGCGAAGGUCAUGCUCGGUGGCGCGAUUGAGUAUCGUCAAGGUGUGCGAUCAAGCGAGACUUUCGGGCUCGGGCACGAGCCUGACUGGGGGAGCGGCGGGAGGCGCGAGACUGUCAUGAUCAACGCGGCUUUUCUGGGUCCGCAUCAUCUGAAGAAGACAUUCAACAAGCCGAUUAUAGUUGACGUCGAUCUCCCCGUGUGGAGAGGGAGAACAGGACCCGAUGCAGAACGAUGUAUAGGUGACUAA